CCCCCCCCCCCCCCCCCCCCCUCUUUGAUGAAUAUCACAAGCACCCAUCUCCCCUAUCUAUGCAUGAAACCAUUCAAUUGACAAUCUUAUUUGCCUCUCCAUAAGGAAACUCAAACUAAGAAACCCACAAACUCUAUCAAGUCUUUUUAUUUUCAUUUUCUUCCAUGGAUAAUCUUCCGGCCAAGCCAGCGGUGAAAGAGGACAACCAAACCACCGGUAUUAGCAGGAAAACCUCCUCCACAAAGCCACAGGAGCAAGCCCCAAAGUGUCCCAGAUGCGACUCCCCGAAUACCAAAUUCUGCUACUACAACAACUACAGCCUCACGCAGCCUAGACAUUUCUGCAAAACCUGUAGAAGGUACUGGACAAAAGGCGGUGCCUUGCGUAACGUUCCCAUCGGUGGGGGCUGUCGGAAAAACAAGAAGGUAAAACCAUCCUCGAGACUUUCCAGUGAUUCCAAAGACUCCUCCUCCUCCUCUGAGCUCGGUGGAUUAAAGUUCUUCCACGGCCUCGCUCCUGCCAUGGAUUUUCAGCUUGGUGGGUUAUCUUUCCCUAGGCUCACUCCACCUCCCACCGGAAUUUACAAUCAGUUCUCUUCAUUUGGAUCAGAUACUGCGAGCUCAUCCCCUUCUUGUUUUGGUCUCGACGCGUCUGGAAGCUCCGGUCACUUGUUGGGGUUUAAUUAUGCUCCGUCCAGCUCCAGUGGGUACAGCGGUGCAAUUCCGGAGAUGGGGUCAAUGAAUGUUAAUAGUAGUCUUGCAUCUUCAAUUGAAUCCUUAAGUUCUAUAAACCAAGAUUUGCACUGGAAGUUGCAGCAACAGAGAUUGGCCAUGCUCCUCGGAACCGGCGACAACAAACAAGACGGCGGUGUUUCUUCAGUCCCAGCUCUAGAGAAGCCGCAUCCACAACCCAUUUUGUUUCAGAACCUGGAGGGUUCAAAACCGGAAGUUGGGAAUUCAAGAAAAGGAGGUGAAAGCACUGCUGCAACGGAAUGGUUUUUUGGAAAUUCUUAUGCUGCACCGGUAACUACUCCCACUCCGACCAACAGUGGUGGCAAUGGCAACGACAACACCGGCAACUGGAACGGAGUUCCGGUGUGGACCACCGAUUUGCAUCAAUACAGCAGCUUGCCCUAGACGGACCCAUGAAAAGAAAGGAGAAACAUGAAGAAAAAUUUAUCCCCAAACGGAUUAUUUAGGUAUUUGUUUGUUAAAUUAAUGUUUUUUUAUUGGGUCGUGAUGAACAGAUCAUCCAUUUUAGUACUGCUUUCCCUCAAGUACAAGCUUAAUUAGAAAGUUCUAUUAAAAUCGGAUGCAUUGGCAUUAGAAUAUGAUCACACCUAACAUGUAAAACUUCAAAAUUGUCUUUUUGAGAAAAAUUAAAAGGAAAGUGUUUAU